GCCUCCGUGCCCGCGUGGGCUGGCGGAGCGGGGCUCCCUGGCGCCCCCUGGCCCGGGCGGCGGGUUUCCGCUGAGCCGCAGUGGCGAGCGCUGACUCCCUCCUCCUGAGCAGCGGCUUCUCCUCCGGCUGAGCCCCGACUCCCCGGCUCAGGCCUUUGGAAACCCACUCGGGCUGCAGGAGUGGAGGGAGCCGGCCGCUUUGUGCUGAAGGAAAAAGUAGCUCAGCUACUAAAGCUUCCAUCUGCCCGAGAAGGGCCCCCACCCCUUCCCGGGGGCCUUGCGGCAGGACUCCACACCCAAAGGCCUCCACGGGCCCGGGGUGUGCCUCCUGCACCAGCAGCCACCUGCCCCUAGCUUAUGCAAGUGGGUGCGUGCCCUCUGCAAAAACCAGGCUUCUGAUCUGUGAUGGUUUGGAGGCUGCGAUGAUAAUGCUGCUUGUCUUUGGAGUGUUGCUUCAUGACCUCCCACUGAGUCGCCCUCACAAGGCUUCGCCCCAGGUGGGGGCCGAGGGCGCCCAGGGCGGGCCUGGGUUUGACUACGCCAGCAUCCGCCUGCCCGAGGAGCACCUCCCCUUCUUUUUGCACAACAAUGGGCAUAUUGCCAACAUCUGUAAGAAAGACCCACACUGCCCUUAUAAGAAACACUUAGAAAACCUGAAGUACUGCUGGGGCUAUGAGGAAUCCUGCAGACCCGAGUUCCGGUUCAGCUACCCUGUCUGCACCUACGUGGACAUGGGAUGGACGGAUACCCUGGAAUCAGCCCGGGACACGUUCUGGCAGCAAGCGGACUUCGGAUACGCUGGCGCGCGGAGGCGGGAGCUGCGGGAGCUCUGCCGGCCCCAGCAGAUGAGUGACUCGAGUCUGGUAUGUUCCCGCUACCUUCAGUAUUGCAGAGCAACCAAUCUCUACCUUGACUUAAGAAACAUCAAGAGAAACCAUGACAGGUUUCAGGAGGAUGUUUUCCAGACUGGUGAAAUUGGAGGACACUGUAAGCUUGAUGUGCAUACAUUGAUGUCUGAAGGUCAGCGCAAAAGCCCCCUGCAGUCUUGGUUCGCUGAGCUCCAGAGCUACACUCAGCUCAACUUCAGGCCAAUAGAAGACGCUAAGUGUGACAUUGUGGUUGAGAAACCAGCCUACUUCAUGAAAUUGGAUGCAGGUGUUAACAUGUAUCACCACUUCUGCGACUUCCUGAACCUGUACCUCACUCAGCACGUGAACAACUCCUUCAGCACCGACGUGUACGUCGUGAUGUGGGACACGAGCACCUAUGGCUACGGGGACCUCUUCUCUGACACGUGGAAGGCAUUUACGGAUUAUGACGUGAUUCACCUGAAAACCUAUGACUCCAAAAGGGUGUGUUUUAAAGAAGCGAUUUUUUCCCUGCUCCCCCGGAUGAGAUACGGGCUCUUCUAUAACACCCCUCUGAUUUCUGGCUGCCACAGCACCGGGCUGUUCCGGGCAUUUUCCCAGCAUGUGCUACACAGACUGAACGUCACGCAGGAGGGACCCAAGGAUGGAAAAAUCAGAGUCACCAUUCUUGCGCGGAGCACAGAGUACCGGAAAAUACUCAACCAAAAUGAGCUCGUGAAUGCACUGAAAACGGUCUCCACAUUUGAAGUCCAGAUUGUCGAUUACAAAUAUAAGGAACUUGGGUUUUUAGAUCAGCUAAGGAUCACCCAUAACACGGAUAUCUUUAUUGGAAUGCACGGAGCUGGUCUCACCCAUUUGCUUUUCCUUCCGGACUGGGCUGCUGUAUUUGAACUGUACAACUGUGGAGACCAGCGCUGCUACCUGGACCUGGCCCGGCUCCGCGGCGUCCACUACGUCACCUGGCGCAGGCAGAACAAAGUCUUUCCUCAGGACAAGGGCCACCACCCCACUCUGGGGGAACAUCCGAAGUUUACCAACUACUCCUUCGACGUCGAAGAGUUUAUGGACCUUGUCCUGCAGGCUGCAGAGCACGUAUGGCGACACCCGAAGUGGCCAUGGAGGAGCAGACGAGACGAGCUGUGACUGCGGCUGUCUGCAGGGGGCGCCCUCCAGCCCCUCAGCAGGGCAGCCGCUCUGGACCGAAACCGGCCUCAGGGCUCUGCCUGUGGGCUUUACACUGUUUCAUGUGACAUUGGUGUCACUGCUCUUUGUCAAGAUCCUCUUUUUGUACUGAAAUGACUUUUUGAGUUCAAAAACUGGCCAUGGCUCGCCGAGGGAUUGAGCUUUCUUCUUCGGGGAUCCAAGCACUCAACUUUCUCAGCGUCAGAAUCUGUAACUGGUUCUGUGGGACACCUCAGGGUGGUUCAUUCUAGAGGCUCCACCUGGUUAUGAUGUCGGAGAAAAUUCACCAUGGCCUUUAUUUGUCAUAAUUUAUUCAUAGCACUGCUUGUGGUAGGAAAGGGAAGCAUGCAGCACCCACACACACCCACCCCUCACACCCACACAUACACCCACCCACACACUUACACACAUGCACCCUCACACCCACACAUACACCCACACACCUCUCACAUACACACUUACACACAUCCACCCUC